AAAGGCGUCACGCCAGAGCGGGCAGGAGCCGAGGGAGAGCCCCAGACAGCGCGGCGGGAGCCUGGGGUGGCCUGCCGGCUGCAGGGACUGGGACAAAGCCGCCCUGUCACGGCCACCCUGGCUGCCCGAAAGCCUGCAAUCAAUCGCUGGGUGGGAGGGGCAGCCCAGGCCUGGCGGCCAGGAAAUGAGGGACGCCGGAAGGAGGGGCCACUUCUGGAGAGGCACCUCUAGAAGUGGCUUCCCCGGGCCCCCAGGGGCCUCUGGGGAUGAUGGAGGGUGACCCGAGGGCAGAUCAGAAACAGGGCAACUUGGAGAACUUUCCCAGCACACAGCAGCUCGGGGGUCCUGGUUUCCACGUGUGGGGAGAUGGAGUGGGGCUGAGGUGGGCUCCGUGACAGUGAGCAGUUUGGUCAGGCCGCCACGCUCCCCUGCAGUCCCCUCUCCCGUGGGUACCCAGCGGGCAUCCAGCUGCAGGCUGGAGGAAGCCCUUCUGGCUCCACCCCACACACACUGAAAUUGUUUACCCUAGGCUGUGUUCAGCAGAGGCCUGGAGGGGGUGGAAACCAAGGUUAGAUUAAAAAAGGAAAAGAAAAAAACAAGUCAAGACAGAGGUGGUUAUACGAAAAUGGGGACUAAUAUUUUGAAGUGGUGCUGAGAGAGAACAGGCCGGUGUGGUCCUUGGGGGUGGGGUGGUGAGGGCUCAGGACCCCCAAUUCCUUGGAGGAGGCUAUCCCAGGCCUUCAGUCUGGGAACCCAACGGGCCGGCCCAGGGCGGGCGGCGGGGAGGGCGUGGAGCCGGAGUCAGGACUUCAGCGGCCCCUGUGCCAGCUUCGUGACAGCCUGCGUCCUGGGCUGUCAACUACACCCCUCCGAUGGGGUUGCUAGGCAGCAGGGCUCUGAUGUGCGGGAAGGCCUUCUGAUUUGUCAGCCUCCUGCAGACACAUGGUUAAGGCUUCUCCCAGCCUAUCGGGAGGAGGGACUGGGGCACGCUGCCUGCAUACUGCCGAGCCCCGGGUCCACCUGAACGCAAGGUGCACAAGGCAGCCGGAGGGAGGGGGCCCGCCUUCCAGCCAGCCUUCCGCCGGGCUCAGCCCCGCGCCCGCCCCCAUUCUCUCCACUCCGCGGGCUCCUCCCCCCGUCCCCGCCCCAUCCCUCCCCUCUUCCCCAAACCGCGGAAAGGCAAAGUGCAGCAGGGAAAAGAGGUACUGUCUGAUGAGCGUGAAGGGCUGUUUCACUGACUUUCACAUCGACUUUGGAGGCACCUCCGUGUGGUACCAUGUGUUCCGGGGUGGGAAGAUCUUCUGGUUGAUCCCGCCAACCCUGCACAACUUGGCGCUGUAUGAAGAGUGGGUGCUGUCAGGCAAGCAGAGUGACAUCUUUCUGGGAGACCGCGUGGAGCGAUGCCAAAGAAUUGAGCUGAAACAGGGCCACACGUUCUUCAUCCCCUCCGGUUGGAUCCACGCCGUCUACACCCCCGUGGACUCCCUGGUGUUCGGCGGAAACAUCCUGCACAGUUUUAACGUGCCCAUGCAGCUGCGGAUCCACGAGAUCGAGGACAGGACCCGGGUGCAGCCCAAGUUCCGGUACCCCUUCUACUAUGAGAUGUGCUGGUAUGUCUUGGAGAGAUAUGUGUACUGCGUGACCCAGCGCUCCUACCUCACGCAGGAGUACCAGAGAGAGCCCAUGCUUAUUGAUGCCCCACGAAAGGCCAGCGUAGACGGCUUCUCAUCGGAUUCCUGGCUGGAGAUGGAGGAGGAGUCCUGUGAGCAGCAGCCCCAGGAGGAGGAGGAGGAGAAGGAGUCGGGGGACGGGGCGGAGAAGGCGCCCAAGCCUGCUGACGGCCCCGCUUCGCCCGGGGGCGCCCCCGCUGAGGAGCAGGAGAGCCCGGGGAAGAAGCCCAGGGUGCCCGCCGCGCGCUUCCUCAAGAGGACUCUGUCUAACGAGUCGGAGGACAGUGUGAAGUCGGCCACCGUGCCCGGCGACGACCCCAAGACGCCCACCGGCUCGCCCGCCGCCGAGCUGUCGGCCAAGUGGACCCACCUCACCGAGUUCGAGCUGAAGGGGCUGAAGGCGCUGGUGGAGAAGCUCGAGUCCCUCCCCGAGAACAAGAAGUGCGUCCCCGAGGGCAUCGAGGACCCGCAGGCCCUCCUGGAGGGCGUGAAGAACGUCCUGAAGGAGCACGCGGAGGACGACCCCAGCCUGGCCAUUACCGGGGUCCCCGUGGUCAGUUGGCCAAAGAAGGCUCCAAAGAACCGGGCAGUGGGUCGGCCCAAGGGCAAGCUGGGCCCGGCCUCUGCAGUGAAAUUGGCCGCCAACCGAACGACGGCAGGAGCUCGCCGGCGCCGGACGCGAUGCCGCAAGUGCGAGGCGUGUCUGCGGACAGAGUGCGGAGAGUGCCACUUCUGCAAGGACAUGAAGAAGUUCGGGGGCCCCGGCCGGAUGAAGCAGAGCUGCAUCAUGCGGCAGUGCAUUGCGCCAGUGCUGCCCCACACCGCCGUGUGCCUUGUGUGUGGCGAGGCGGGGAAGGAGGACACAGUGGAGGAGGAGGAAGGCAAGUUCAACCUCAUGCUCAUGGAGUGCUCCAUCUGCAAUGAGAUCAUCCACCCUGGAUGCCUGAAGAUUAAGGAGUCAGAGGGUGUGGUCAACGAUGAGCUUCCAAACUGCUGGGAGUGUCCGAAGUGCAACCAUGCCGGCAAGACAGGGAAAGCCUACAAGCAAAAGCGUGGCCCCGGCUUUAAGUAUGCCUCCAACCUGCCCGGCUCCCUGCUCAAGGAGCAGAAGAUAAACCGGGACAACAAGGACGGGCAGGAGCCAGCCAAGCGGAGGAGCGAGUGCGAGGAAGCUCCGAGGCGCCGGUCGGACGAGCACCCGAAGAAGGUGCCGGCAGACAGCAUCCUGCGCCGCAAGUCGGACGACGUGCACCUGAGGAGGAAGCGGAAGUACGAAAAGCCCCAGGAGCUGAGUGCACGCAAGCGGGCCUCGACGCUGCAAACGUCCCCCGGUUCCUCUCACCUCUCGCCGAGGCCCCCUCUAGGCAGCAGCCUCAGCCCCUGGUGGAGAUCCAGUCUCACUUACUUCCAGCAGCAGCUGAAGCCUGGCAAAGAAGAUAAGCUUUUCAGGAAAAAGCGAAGGUCCUGGAAGAACGCCGAGGACCGGAUGCCACUGGCCACCAAGCCCCUCCGGCGCUUCAAGCAGGAGCCAGAGGAUGACUUGCCUGAGGCGCCCCCGAAAAGCAGGGACAGCGACCACUCGCGCUCCAGCUCCCCCACCGCGGGGCCCAGCACCGAGGGGGCUGAGGGCUCGGAGGAGAAGAAGAAAGUGAAGAUGCGCCGGAAACGGCGGCUUCCCAACAAGGAGCUGAGCAAGGAGCUGAGCAAGGAGCUCAACCACGAGAUCCAGAAAACAGAGAGCAGCCUGGCCCACGAGAACCACCAGCCCAUCAAGUCGGAGCCCGAGAGUGAGAACGAGGAGCCCAAGAGGCCGCUGGGCCUCUGUGAGCGCCCCCACCGCUUCAGCAAGGGGCUCAACGGCACACCCCGGGAGCUGCGGCACCCGCUGGGCCCCGGCCUGCGCAGCCCACCCCGCGUCAUCUCCCGGCCCCCGCCCUCUGUGUCCCCACCCAAGUGCAUCCAGAUGGAGCGCCACGUGAUCCGGCCGCCCCCCAUCAGCCCUCCACCUGACUCGCUGCCCCUGGACGACGGGGCAGCCCAUGUCAUGCACAGGGAGGUGUGGAUGGCCGUCUUCAGCUACCUCAGCCACCAAGACCUGUGUGUGUGCAUGCGGGUCUGCAGGACCUGGAACCGCUGGUGCUGUGAUAAGCGGUUGUGGACCUGCAUCGACCUGAACCACUGCAAGUCCAUCACGCCCCUGAUGCUGAGUGGCAUCAUCCGGCGCCAGCCCGUCUCCCUUGACCUCAGCUGGACCAACAUCUCCAAGAAGCAGCUGAGCUGGCUCAUCAACCGGCUGCCUGGCCUCCGAGACUUGGUGCUGGCGGGCUGCUCGUGGAUCGCGGUCUCGGCGCUCUGCAGCUCCAGUUGUCCGCUGCUCCGGACCCUGGAUGUCCAGUGGGUAGAAGGGCUCAAGGACGCCCAGAUGCGGGAUCUCCUGUCACCACCUACGGAUAACAGGCCGGGUCAGAUGGACAAUAGAAGUAAGCUCCGGAACAUCGUGGAGCUGCGCCUGGCAGGCCUGGACAUCACGGACGCGUCCCUGAGGCUCAUCAUCCGCCACAUGCCCCUGCUCUCCAAGCUGCACCUCAGUUACUGUAACCACGUCACCGACCAGUCCAUCAACCUGCUCACUGCAGUCGGCACCACCACCCGGGACUCCCUGACUGAGAUCAACCUGUCAGACUGCAAUAAAGUCACUGAUCAGUGCCUGUCCUUCUUCAAGCGCUGUGGGAAUAUCUGUCACAUUGACCUGAGGUACUGCAAGCAAGUCACCAAGGAGGGCUGCGAGCAGUUCAUCGCCGAGAUGUCCGUGAGUGUCCAGUUCGGGCAAGUGGAAGAAAAACUCCUGCAAAAACUGAGUUAGUCCAAGGACAAGUGUGUAAAUACGGGGCGGGUGGGGGUGGCGGGCAGGGAAAGACUUUACAGCCACCGAGGGCUUUGUCUCCCCCUGGAACUCGGGACCGCAGACAACAGAACGAUUCCAUUUGCAAGUGUCCCCGGGAGAGGCUGCCCCCCGCUCAUGGAGCGAGCGAGCCGGGUGCCUGCUUGGCCUCUGCCUGGCCACCACGCUGCUCCCGGGCCCACUGCAGGCGGCCUCGGGAGGAGACGCUGCGGUCGGGAGAGGACGCUCUGGAGGAACUGGCGCGUGGGCUCGGGUUGGUGUCCUUGGUGGUGGUUUUGUUUGGACACCCAAUUCCUUGCAAGGUCAAGGGUUUUGGUGUCAACAUAAUAUGGACCACACACCACAUCUGCUGCCAUCCUGACACGUUUUGGUUUUGUUACAUCUUACAUUAUGCAGAACUAUUUUUGUACAAAUUGUUUAAAAGUUAUUUAUGCAAGGUUUGAAUGCAUACCAGUGUGUUUAUUGUUUUGAGAUUGCCAACCUUCCUGGUUUCCUUCAGGGAGGAGAGAGCGUAACCUGCACUUCAUCAGCACAGAUGCGCCCAGGCCUGAGCCGGCGGCGAGGCCUUCCGCUUAAAAGCAUGUUUAGCCAGAGGCCGGAGCCCGCUGCGCCACCGGGAAGUCACACGAGCAUGUUGUGGAUAGGUCUAAGUCAUAGUCAGAGUAAGACACGUUGCCAAGUUUCUUCCAUAGAGAAUUCACCUUUUUCUUAAGAUUUUAAAAGUGAAACUCCAGCCUUUGCACUCAGGAGAGGAUUGCUCCAGCAUGAGCUCUUUACUUCAUGUCAACCUAGUUCAUCCCGUGAGUCAAGGAGUAGAAUAAACACGCCCACGAGGUGGUUCUUUUCCUUCGGUUCUCUCCUUUGAAGCGAGUGAGUUCUCAUUUAGGUUCGUGAACUGGCUGUUCGCUAGUUGUGAAGUUCUGCAUUCUUAAGUGCCAUUGUCUCUGGUGGUGUUUCCUAGACCUUCCCCCACGCGGUUUUACCUUUGUUAAAUUUGUAUAAACAAUUGUACAAAAAA